AUGAGCUUAAGAACUUCGGCUCUCUGCUCCUCCCCGUUCGACAGACAGCCGCAUCUUCUGGUGCAGUGCCAGCCGCGUCCCCGAGACACGAUGGUGAAAGUCAGAGUGAACGGAUUUGGCUGUAUGGGGCGCCUGGUCACCAGGGCUGCUUUUAACUCUGGCAAAGUGGAUAUUGUCGCCAUCAAUGACCCCUUCAUUGACCUCGACUACAUGGUCUACAUGUUCCAGUAUGAUUCCACCCAUGGCAAAUUCCACGGCACAGUCAAGGCUGAGAACGGGAAGCUUGUCAUCAAUGGAAAGUCUAUCUCCAUCUUCCAGGAGGGAGAUCCCGCCAGCAUCAAAUGGGGUGAUGCUGGUGCUGAGUAUGUUGUGGAGUCCACUGGGGUCUUCACCACCAUGGAGAAGGCUGGGGCUCACUUGAAGGGCGGGGCCAAGAGGGUCAUCAUCUCUGCUCCUUUUGCCGAUGCCCCCAUGUUUGUGAUGGGUGUGAACCAUGAGAAGUAUGACAACUCCCUCAAGAUUGCCAGCAAUGCCUCCUGCACCACCAACUGCUUGGCUCCUCUGGCCAAGGUCAUCCAUGACAACUUCAGCAUCAUGGAGGGAUUCGAUGCCGGGGCUGGCAUUGCUCUCAACAACCACUUUGUCAUGCUCAUUUCCUGGUAUGACAAUGAAUUUGGCUACAGCAACCGGGUGGUGGACCUUAUGGUCCACAUGGCCUCCAAGGAGUAA